AUGAGCGAACGUGGUAGAAGAGCACCCCGAGGACCUCGAACUAGGCCUGUCGGGCCGAUAUGGGAGAUUCUCGAGGAAGAAAGAGCGCCGCGCGCUGCUGAGCCCGUUGGGCAAGAGCUUACUAUGGCUGGGAUUUUGCAAGCUCUGGGAGCUAUUGGAGAUUUGAUGGGGCAGCAAGUGAGGAAUCAAAAUGCUGCUGCCGCCGUUGCUUCUGAAGCUCCACAUGUGAAUCCGUUGGUGGAGCAAUUUCUCAAGUUGAAGCCGCCCAAGUUCUCUGGGAGCGGAGAUCCCGAGGCUGCCACUUCGUGGAUCGAGGAACUGGAGAAAGCAUUUGACCCGUUGAGGUGUACUAAUGAGGAUAAGGUCACCCUAGUCGUGAACCGGUUGCAAGGGAAUGCAAGUACAUGGUGGAGAACUUCAAAGGACAGAGUAUUUCCCGAGGGUACGGUCCCGACGUGGGAUGCCUUCGUGGAAGCUUUUAAUGGAAAGUAUUUCUACGAUACCGCGAGGGAACAGAAGAUGGCAGAGUUCUUUCGCCUGCGCCAGAAUCAGAUGACAAUCGACCAGUAUGAAGCCAAAUUUGCUGAACUGUCUAAGUAUGCUCCGAGGCUAGUUGAGGACCCCGUGGAUAGGGCUAGGAGGUUUAGAGAUGGGCUGAAGCCCGAGAUCGGGAGUGUGCUGAUAUCAUUUAAUCUGAAGGAUUACAACGACCUCUACGAGAGAGCUCGGAUGGUUGAGCAAGAUCCGACCGAAAGGGCCGCCGCUUCCGGAUCGCGAUUCGCGCCUUUGAAUAGAAGAGAUAUUCAUCAAGGGAAGAAGCCGAUGCAAGGAAACCGAUUCAAUGUUCCGCCUAAUCGUCGAGGAGCGAUUAGUAAGCCAAUGCCUCACAGAGAUGAUGUCCGUCGCCUAUGCAAUCAGAGGCAUGGAUCCGGUUCGUGUGGAAUGCGUGGAGUUUGUUUUGGAUGUGGCCGGCGGGGCCAUCCGGUGAGAGAUUGCCCGCAGAGGCAACAAGCUAGGCCACUGGGAGGCCAAGUUGGAAGGAUCGCGCCACCGAAUCACCGGAACCGACCUCGGGCGCAAGGACGAGUGUUUGCGAUCACCCGAGAUGAGGCGAAGGACUCGCCGACCGUCACAAGUACGGUCCUUCUACAGAAUAGCGUAGCUUAUGCUUUGUUUGACCCCGGUGCUACGCAUUCGUUUGUUGCGGAUCAAUUUGUUAGACUGUCUAGGUUAAUUGUGGUGCCAUUAGAUGUGGUUGUCAAGGUGUCUACACCUUUAAAGGAUAGCGUAAUAGCUGCAGUAGGCUGUCCUAGUUGUAGACUAGUAGUAGAUGGUCAUGAGAGUGAGAUAGAUCCGAUUGUACUGGAGAUGUACGAUUUUGAUCUGAUCGUGGGAAUGGGCUGGUUAACGAAGCAAAGGGCCACGAUGGAUUGCUAUCGUACGGCGAUUCAAUUUAGGCCAUUGGAUGGGGCCGGUUUUGAAUUUGUGGGAAAUCGAGGAGGAACCUCGAUCGUAGUGAUCUCGUCGCUAGAGGCAACUCGGUUGUUGGAAAGUGGUUGCCAAGGUUAUUUGGCUGCCACGUUUUUCCCGAAGAAUUGCCUGGAUUGCCACCGGAAAGGGAAAUCGAGUUUGUGA